AUGCCGCCUGCGGCUAUGCUUCUACCACUCAUAGAUAUCCGCAAUCGCCUGACAUCUUCCAAUUAUGCCUUUGCAGGGUGGCGCACAAAUCACGUGUUUAAUUCUCUGACUGGGGUUGUUCAAUUUGUACAUCGUGGUGCAACUCUUAGACGCAGCUUUGAUCGGUGUGACGUUCGUGUUAGUUUUGGCUUUGGCACUGAUACUCAGACUGUUGGCAUAUAUGCUUAUGAUCAAUGCGCUGCUAUUCUUGAGACUGCCCGGGUUAAUGAGAUCUGCACAUUUACCGCACUUACGGUGGUGGAACAAGGGGACAAUAGAGGACGGUGGACGGGCACCGUACCUUUUGUUUUGCGAUUUACACGUGCGUCAGCAUUUGCUAUUACUGGGCCAAACAACAACAACAACGUAAAUAACAACAAUAAUAAUUUGCAGCAAGCUCCCGCUGAUAACAACAACAACAUUCCUAUUGUUGGAAAUGUGGCCAAUCACAGAGAGAUGCAGGGAACAAAUGGCGGCACGGCAAACAAUGUACUUCCUAUUGGAAAUAUGGCCAUGCAAAGAGAGAUGCAGGGGCCAAGCAGCAGCAGCAGCUCAUCAAACAACGUUAUUGCCGCACCAACUCCUCGUGUCUCGACAACUGCACGUGCAAAUCGUGAGCGUGCUACGGAUCAACGAGGGGUAGAUAUUUUAGAAAAAUUAUUCAAUAUAUAG